UGGGCUGGAAAGCAGAGCCAGGAGCUGAUACUGGCUCAGUGUGACAAGUCCCUAUGCAGAGCUGUGCCUGGAGCACUCUUUCCCAAGCCUGGCACCUCCAAUUCCUUUCCUCACCUUUUAAGGAUGAAGGAAGCAGCUGGUGGGGCCUGGGAUUACCUGGGAGGAUUUGGUUUUGCUGCGAGGGCCUGAGUCCUCCUCAUAUAAACAAGCUCUUGAAGAAAGGAGAGGACAGAGGAGGGAAUGAAAAGGAAGGAGAGGAGAGGGAAGGAAGAAAGAAAAAAAAAAAAAAGCCAACAGGUUGAUCUGGAUUUCCAUCAAGGGUUCCACCCUCCUCCGUUUAAUGAACAUCGCAGAACAGGUGCCUGGAAUUCAUUACCAGCCCACGAGCCCAGGCGAGGGCAAUCGCACCGGCCCGGCUCCGCCGCUGUUCCUCUCUCGGAGGCAGCAGCAGCCAAAAAAACCUUCAACCCCGUUCUCCCCGUGCCUGUGCCUCUCCCUCCCCCGGAGCCGCAGCCGGGCAUGACCAACCCCAGCUCUGCCUUCUGCAGCGGCUCCCUGUGCUCCGGGGAGGUGGCGGCGAGCAUGAGCCCGUCCCCGGAGCGCCGCAGCCCCGACGGGGUGGCCAGCGACGGGCACGGCUCGGUGGCCAGCGACGGGCACGGCUCGGUGGCCAGCGACGGGCACGGCUCCCUGGGCAGCCUGCGCUGCUCGCCCUACUCCCCGCUCUCCAUGGACGGGAGGAUCCCGGCCCCGGUGCACCUGGACAUCGACACCGAGUUCCAGGCUGCACGGCAGCAGGAGAAGGAGGACAUCAAAGUGCUCAACAACCAGUUCGUGACCCUGAUCGAGAAGGUCCAGAGCUUGGAGCAGCAAAACAAAAUCCUGAUGACCAGGUGGAACUUCCUGAAGGACCAGGACAAUUCCCACUCUGACUUGGACAUCAAGGCCAUCUAUGAGCAAUACAUGACCAAAAUGAACCAGGAGAUGAAGGCACUCAACUACGAGCAGGAAAACCUGGAGUCGGAGCUGGCGAAGGUCCUGAGUACCAUGGACACCUUCCGGAGCAAGUAUGAGGAUGAAAUUCGCCUCUGCAGCGGGAUGGAAUUCACCUUCAUGGAGCUCAAAAAGGAUUUGGAUGUGAGCACCUUGCACCGCACAGAGCUGGAGGUGAAGCUCAAAGGGCUCCAGGAGCUGCUGGAGCUGAAGAAAACCAUCUAUGAGCAGGAGCUGGAGGAGCUGCUGACGGAAAUCAAGGACAUUUCUGUGGUGCUGGGAAUCGACAGCUGCUCCCGGCCAGACCUGGGCAGGAUCGUGGAGGACGUCAGAGCCCAGUACGAGGCUCUGGCCCUGCGGAGCUGGGAAGAGGCUGAGGCCCUCACUCGGAGGAAGCUCACUGACAGCAGCUCCCAGUCCAGCUCCUUUGGGGGGCAUCUCCUGGACAGCCGGCGAGAAAUCGCAGAUCUGAACAUCCAGAUCCAGAAACUCCGGUCCUGCAUCGUGUCCCAGAAGAGCCAGUGCCUGUAUCUGGAGGAGCACAUCCGUGAGGCUGGCGAGCAGGGGGAGGGGACCCUCAGGGAUGCCAAGGCCAAGGUGGCCGGGCUGGAGGAGGCCCUGCAGCACAGUCGGGAGCAUGUGGCUCACCUGGUCCGAGAGUACCAGGAGCUCAUGAACAUCAAACUGGCCCUGGAUGUGGAGAUCCUCACCUACAGGAAGCUCAUGGAAGGGGAGGAGAACAGCAUGGAGCAGCCCAUUCCCACCAUCAUCAGCGCUGUCCACUCCCGGCCAAAGCCCCUUUCUGCCAGCACCCUGCGGAAUUCCCGGCUCUUUGCCCAGGGCUCGGGGCACACAGAGCCCAGCGGAGGUGGCACCAGGAGAGCCCAGGACGUGCCGGGGACUCUGGACACCGGGACCCGGCCCAAGCCCAACCCCGGGGCCCCUGGGGAAUGCUCCUAG